AUGAAGAUCUUCCUCGUGCUUUCCUUUCUUGCCGUCGUGGCUACCAUCGCCAUAGCAUUCACCAUCAAGCUCCUUCAUCAUCUACCAUUCUCGUUAGAGAACAAACAUCAAAGGCAAUCAAACAAUAUCCAACACGAAACAACUAUGAAGAUCUUCCUCGCGCUUGCCUUUCUUGCCGCCGUGGCUACCAUCGCCAUAGUAACCACCGAUGUGAAACUUCCCAAGUUGCACCCACAAAAAUCAUUUUCACGGCAACCAGAACAACCCUUUCCACAACCACAACAACAACUAUUUCGAGAGGAGCAAUCAACUCUGAAACAACAACCAUUUCCAGCACAACAAUUACCAUUUGAGCAACAACAAUUUUCACAAAAACCACCAUAUCCACAACUGCAGCAACCAGCAUAUCCACAACCAGAACAACAUCCAAAUCCCCAUCAGCAACAACCAUUUCCACAACAGCAUGAACAACUAGUUCAGGAACAACAACCAUUUGUACAACAACAAUUGAUCCCAUGUAGGGAUGUCCUACAACGGUGUAUUCCAGUGGCACCUGUGUCAUUUCUACAUACACAGAUGGUGAAACAAAGAAGAUGCCAGGUGCUAAGGCAACAGUGCUGUCAGCAACUGUCACAUAUCCCCAAUCAAUCACAAUGCCAUGCCAUCCACAGUGUUGUGCACACCAUUAUUUUGCAACAACAUCAACAACAAUUGGGAGAAGGUACUUUGGCCCAACCUCAACGUUCCAUGCAACCUCAACAACAUCAGUUGGAUCAGGGUUGGGUCGACACAAUAAGGACAUGGGUGCUUCAGACCCUACCGACAAUGUGCGACCUCCACGUCGCACCAUACUGCUCCACCAUCACAUCACCACAGUAACAUUACUCUACUAGCAUGAGUGGAGAAUGAGAAGACAAGAAAUCUAUUACUCGAUAGAUGGACCACCAUUGUUUAGUCGAUGGUCCGAUCCAUGUAACGGCGGGAAAUGAAUAAAGAUGAGCUAUAUAUUCAUUUCUACAUAUAUAGAAUAUCCAUUAGAGUUUUGGUCAUGCAGAUGUUGAGUGGUUCAUCCGAAAA